AUGCAUAUAAGCCUUCUUUCCCACCUCGGCACGGCCCUUUGUCUAGGAACGGCGUCUGUAAGAGCGCUUUCUUUAAAUCAAGAUAAAAGAGCCACAAGCCCAGCUUCUCUCGAAAUUGGAAGUCCUGUUCUUACCUCCAAGUGGCUUGAAGGCAGUGACUAUGAGCAAAUAGUUGAGUUUUUCAUUACCAAUUCAGAUGGAAAUAACACUUUGACCUGGGCAGAUCAGCUGCGCGUCAUCGUUGAGUCCUCUUCCUUAGAGACUACCACUCCCGGCACCCUGCUUCGCUUGGGACCAAAGCAAAGCGCUGUUGUCCAGGUCGGUGUUAAAAACAAGGCGGGAGUAAAAGCCGGAACACAAUGUGAUGCAACGGCUGUUGUGACCUGGGGCCCUAAACAGGACCCGAAGAAGUCGAGCAAGGACUUUUCUGGCCAAUGCGGUAUUGGUGAUUACGAGGCUUCGGAGAGCAGCCUCGAGCAUCACUGGAACCCAGAUUGGUUCCACGAGAUCAAAUACGGUAUUUUUAUCCACUGGGGGCUUUAUUCCAUCCCGGCCUUUGGAAAUCGACCGGGGCCGAAGCAAGAUUAUGCUGAGUGGUACGGUUAUCGCAUGACUCAACCAGACUUUCCGUCCGAAACCUACCAAUACCAUCGUGAUACAUACGGCGAAAACUUCAACUACGACAACUUCGUGUCUAAUUUCACCGGCGCCAACUUUGAUGCCGAGGGUUGGAUGAACUUGGUUGCUAAUGCGGGAGCGCAGUAUGUCGUACCUGUUACAAAACAUCAUGAUGGGUGGGCGCUGUUCGACUUCCCCGAGUCUGUCAGUAAGCGCUCAACUGUUCACUACGGCCCGAAGCGAGACUUCGUCAAAGAGCUUCUCGACGUUGCCAAAGCCAAACACCCAAAGAUCCGCCGGGGCACGUACUUCAGUAUGCCGGAGUGGUUCAAUCCAGCUUAUGUUAAAUAUGCCUGGGACCAACACUACAAAGAGAUUUACUGGGGUCGUCCGCCUACCAAUCCUUAUACCAACAAGAGCAUCGAAUACACUGGCUACGUCGAAGUCGAUGACUUUAUCAACGACAUUCAAAGCCCACAGAUAGAGGCCCUGUUCUACGAUUAUGACAUCGAGAUGCUAUGGUGCGACAUCGGGGGUCCGAACAAGGCCCCAGAUGUCCUUGCGCCCUGGCUCAACUGGGCUCGUGACCAGGGCAGGCAAGUCACUUUCAACGAUCGCUGCGGAGCUGCUGGAGAUUACAGCACCCCGGAGUACUCUGGCAUCUCCUUCAACCCAAGGAAAUUCGAGAGCAAUCGUGGCCUCGAUCCUUUCUCGUUCGGAUACAACUACUUGACAACAGAUGAUGAAUACCUCUCAGGUGAGGAAAUCGUCAAAACUUUGGUGGACAAUGUCGUCAACAACGGGAAUUUUCUGCUCAAUAUGGGCCCCAAGGGUGAUGGAACCAUUCCGAAGCAGCAACAACUCAAUCUUUUAGACGCUGGAGAAUGGAUUAAGGCCCACGGUGAGGGAAUCUUUGGCACCAGAUACUGGCCAACUGCUCAAACGUCUGGGUCACUCCGUUUUGCGAUGAAGCCAGAUGCAUUUUACAUCCACCAUGUUGGUAAACCAUCUUCCCAACUGGUCGUCAAAGAGCCUGUGCCUUGGGUCGAGGGCGAUGAAGUGACUGCUGUGGGUGGGAGUGCUCAUGGCACAGUUCUUCAGGCCACCAGAAAGGAUGGAUCGUUGUUGGUACAAAUGCCCGACAAGGUCGUCCAGGGAGACAAGUACAUCUGGACAAUCAAGAUUGCAUAUAGUACUGGGAAAUAA